AUGGAAACCCCCGCAGAGCCCCCAUUCCACACCUCAAUGUUCAUUGUUCAACCUCCGGCUGAACAAGGUUCAGAUGCCGAGGACGGCGAGGAAUCACAACCUGAGGGCCCAUCCCAGCCAGAAGUCGAGUCUAGGGAGUACUUCCUCGAGCCUCCGCCGGAGGGCACCUAUGAAAGUCAAGAGAUACUACUUGCAUCUGUCCGAAAACACGCGGUUUCCAAAGGCUACACCAUAACUAUCCAAAGAUCCAAACCAAACAUAAGUCUCUACAUUGGCUGUGAUAGAGGAGGCCACCAGAGGCUGAGUGUUAAAUCUUCGGCAUCACCCGGCGUGAAACGUCGACAUAAACAGUCCAGAAAAUGUGGCUGUCCAUUUCAGGUGUAUUGCAAAAAGAACUACAAACAGACUACUUGGGAUUUGACGAUCAGAAAUCCUGUUCACAAUCAUCCUGCUGAGGAGGAUAUGACGGUACAUCCUUCUGCUCGUCGGCUUACUCCGGAGCAGCGGAGGCACAUUAAGCAUUUGGAUAUGAUUGGGGUUAAGCCGAAAGAUAUUUUGACUUUCUUGAAGUUGGAGAGUCCACAUGCGCUGCUGAUACCGAGGGAUAUCUACAAUGAAGUUUCUAGGUGGAAGAAACGUGAGAAGGAUGCACAGGAGGCGCUUUCUACACAACAAAAUGAUACACCGCAGCAGGUUCUGCCACAGGAAGUCCCGUCCCAGCAUGCUCUGCUAGAGUCGGUCCCAUUCCAACAGGCUCUGUCGCCGCAGGUUCCGCCGCAGCAGCCUUUGUCUGGAGGCCAGGUGGGGCCGUUAGUCUCUCACACAUAG